AUGAGUGAGCCUCCUCCUCCCCAGUACACAAAGGAAGCGAAAGAUGUGGAAGGCGCAACAGAUACGGCAGAGAUUAUGAUGGAAGCUCCAUGCUCUUUUUUGGGUCACAUUUGGAUUUUAUACUUCCUCUCUUGUGUGAUAUUUUCUGUCUACAUCUUGAGUCUAUUUUCAUGCUCGGCAAGGAUCCCCUACUGUAAUUCACAAUUCAACUUCCUCAUAAACUCUGAUUCACGUCUGUCUAAGAAGUUAUUAACUAACAUACAAGAAACGCUUGAUAUGGUCUCAUUUUUAGUCAAGGAUUUUGGUACAGUGUAUAUCACAGAUCAAGAAAACUCGUUAAUAGACACAUUUUCAUACCUUAAUGAGUACAAAUUCAACUUCAAUGGAUUUUGUCGACUUGCAAAUCAUAAAACGACCUGCUACAGCGGUAGUAUGGACAUAUUUUCUUGCUGGAUGAGAGAUAUAGGGCAUCAAUUAGGAACCCUAUCGAGAAAAAAUAGUAAGGAGCUAAAUUUGCUAGGAGAAUCAUUUGUAGCAGCUUAUGGUAACCUUUUGAGAGCCCUUUACGAUAUUUGCCUGGAAACUGAAUCAGAAGAAGGGGUAACUGGAAGAGAAUACAGUACAUUGUCGAAAAUGAUUCACGGCUUGGUCAAUUCUCAUAGAUACGCCAAACUUAUGACUGCUGUUUCCUAUGCUACCAUUUUCUUAUCACUUUCCAAAAUCUUCAUCCUUGGAAGCUGUAUAAUCUUUUAUAAAUAUCCAGCUAAAAUAGGUGCUACACUUUUCAAGAUGAUGGUGCUGUUUCAAGUAUUCGUGUUUGUACUGGUUUUGCUAAACUUUUCCUUGUGCUCCAGUGUGCUUAUUUACUAUUUUCAGCUAAUAGAAGUAUUCCACCAAAUCGGAUUUGCAGAGAUCACUUUGGGAAGUGGUUGGUUUAUGAUACAGUUCAACUUUGUCGUAUUAUUGGCGAUACAAGCCCUCCUUCUUCACUACUUCGUAAGGAGGUAUAGAGCUAAGAAGAGUCAAUACGUGGCAGCUUAA